AUGGGUCCUCCAAGCCAGGUUUACACAGUAAACCGCAUAGUAGCAACGACACGGGUGAGUAUAAAAAAUGUUUAUAGAAAUAUAGAUUUUAUUUUAGACCCACUUCGCGCUACAGUGGCGCUGUCAAAAGCGAAGAAAGGAGUUGUGAUUGUUGGCGAUCAGUCGUUAUUGAUUCAGUCACCGCUCUGGAAAGCUUAUUUGGAAAGGUAA